UUGCGUUUUACUGCCUACUUCUGCGCGGCUCCAUGGUGAUUGUAUAAAGAGCCCUAACCAGAGCGCAGAGUGGACGUGUAGUACACAAGAAUAGAAUUAAAGCAGCCAUUUGGCAUUGUGACAGCUUCCCCAGCACUUUAAAUUCAGCUCGACUGCGCUGACUCCAAAGAUCGAUCUGAUCUUCUUAUCUCAGUGUAGAGUUGUACUCUUGGAUGCAACGGUUAAUUCCUUCGACUCUGGGGAUUCUUAGCUUUCUGCUACAAGCUACACAGAUGACACAUGUUUUUGUGUAUGGCACUCUUAAAAAGGGUCAGCCCAACUACUACAGGAUGAUGGACACUGCCAAAGGUGAGGCUAAGUUCCUUGCUCGUGCCCGCACUGUUGACAAAUACCCCCUGGUGAUAGCGGGCAAGUACAAUAUCCCCUUUCUUCUCAACGUGCCUGGAGAAGGACAGCGUGUCCAGGGCGAAAUCUACUGUGUGGAUGACCCGAUGCUGAAAUUCCUUGACUUGUUUGAAGGCUGUCCACAAAUGUAUCAGCGAACACGGGUCUUGCUUGAGGUCGAGGAGUGGGUCGGAGAGGGAGUGGACACACCUAAAGUGGGCAGUACCACUGAAGCCUUUUUGUACAGUACGACCACUUACGAGCCUGAGUGGCUCCAGUAUCCAACCUUUGACAGCUACGAUGCAUACAGAGUUGACGGUCUGCAGUACGUGACUAGAGAAGACAGAGGCUUUGACUGAUGUUUCAUUUUUUUUGUCAAUAUCUUUGACAGGUCCUUCUGCAGGAACACACACAGCAAUAAACAGUGACCAAAUCCAUUCCUUUCUGUACUUAGUGGAGUGAAUGAUCAGGGAGUGAGAAUGUAGGUGAAAAGGAAUUGAUCCUGAAUCUAAUACUGAAUUCAUUUUAACCUUAAAACCCAUUCUGGAUUUAGCUGAACAAUGUUUUUUUUUUAAUGAAUUGUAUUUGAGUUAAAAAUGAAAAUGAGUUUUAAUCCUGAUUGAUAUUUAUUCUCACUCAAGUAAAUAAAUAAAGACAAGGAUUUACAUUUUU